AUGGAGCUGGGCUCCUACUCAAGCUCGUCGCGCGCUACCCAUGCAGAGACCGAGAGUCCAUACGACUCCGACAAAGUCACACCACAAGUGCCUAAGGACCCUUUCGAGGUUGAGGCGUUCAUUCAAGAGACAGGGAAGGCGCCUGAGCCAUGGCACAGAAGGCUCCUGGAGAGAUUAGCUCCGAGAUACCCUCGAGUCGCCCGUGUAGUUCGGUACGUACAGGGGCCCCGCCCGAAAGUAGACGUGCCAGAUCCGGUACCUUUCCUGAAUCUCACCCUGUACACUGGUCGCCGCUCGCGCAGCCUUGCGCUCGAGCCAUUCCUCCUCCGGAUCACCCGACCAUUCACGAAUCCCUCGCUAUUCGUCAUCCUAGCUGCGGCAUACAUCGUCGGAUUCGCCUUCUUUGCCCGAGCGCAAUCGUUCUUGACACCAUCGGACUCCUUCAUUGGUUGCACCGCGACGUAUUGGGCUGCUAACAACGGCUGCGGGAUCAAUGGCGAAAGUUGCGAGCCGUUCACGGAUUCCACACUUGAUUUCCGCUGUCCAGCGGCCUGCGCUUCUGUCGUCCUUGAGAAUCCAAGGACUGUCGGCGACGUCCAGGUCGACUACGUACCGCUCAUCGUAGGCGGAGGCGAUGCGAAUCAGACAUAUAGGGGCGAUACAUUCAUCUGCGCUGCUGCGAUCCAGGCCAUUCCUCGACUAAAGCAAAUUCUGUUAUGCGAUUACAGGUGGCUGCGCGUCUUGGCUCUUGUGGGCAACUACACGAACUAUAUCCCCUUCACCGCCAAUGGGCUGACUUCAAUUGGAUUCCCGACCAUCUUCCCCCUGUCAUAUCGCUUCUUGUCGAGUACGCCUCUGCACCAUUGCGAAGAUCUAAGAACACCCGCGCUCGCUUGGAACGUCAUCAUUACCGCCCUCAUCUUCCUUGUUCUUCGCCCCAAACCUAUCGUCACCUUCUGGUCCUUUGGAGCGUUCCUUCCUGCGUUGUUCGUCUGCUAUGCGUUCUGGCGUCUGGCAAUCCGGUUCACUCUGCCUGCGUUCAAGAAGGCUCCGAUCGAGGCUUCCGUCUGGUAUCUGCCUACGUUCUGGGCCGGCGUCCUUACGAACAUCACCACGGACAAGAUUCCGAUCAACCGUCUCACAUCGUCGGACCUCCAUCAGGAGCCAGGAGCUAUCACCGCACUCGUCAUCAUCAUCAUCAUAGUGCUAGUGAUUGUCGUAAACCAAGUCCGGGUCAUACGCAAGACAGGAUGGCUACCGCACUACCUUGGGUGGUAUGUCGCCGGUGGCUUGGUCACCAUGGUUAUCGCGCUGCUUCCUGGUCUCGAGUUCCGAUUGCACCAUUAUAUCAUCGCGAUGGGCUUCUUGCUGGGUAUGUUCCUCAACGGUAUCGCCGCGUGGGGGUUCGAUUCCAUAUUGCAGACAGCCUCAGACUUGCAAGGCGAUGGCGCGUCCGGGUCGGCCAUGCCGUCGUUCGUCACGAACUCGACCAACUGGAACGCAUUUAUGCCGUUGCAUAAUCAGACCAUCUCCUGGGCAGCGCUGCCCUCCUCUGGUGGUUGGGAUGGCUUCUCCCUCAUCAUUGACGAUGUCGAGCGUUACACGGGCACAGCUUUGAAUUCUCUCUCGCCGCGUUACAAAGCGCCCGCAACUUUAUGGCUGAAUGGGACAUGGGUCGAUCCUAGCCUUGGGACAUCUACGUGA